AUGCAAAGCCUCUAUUUCUACGAAUUUCCUCACCCGACCAACCACUUCUUCGAAACCCUACUCCCCACUCUCCAACACUUCUUCCCUUUGGCCGCCAACCUCGUAUGUCCUCCACCUCCGGCGAUGCCCCACAUCCUCUUCACCGAAGGUGACUCCUCUGUUCCUCUCACCAUCGUCGACUCCGCCGCCAAUUUCCACUCUCUCUCCGCCAACCACCCGCAACCCGUCCGAGCACUGCCCCGGUUUGUCCCCGAAUUGCCACCGACCCGUGUAGGGGGCGUCGCACGUGUGAGCCCUCUCCUGGCCUUGCAAGUCACCGUCUUUCCCAACGCCGGCAUCUGCCUAGUUUGGUUCAACCACGCGGCGGCGGACGGGAGGGAGUUUCACCACUUCAUGAAAUCCCGGGCGUUGGUUUGUAAGACCGGAGGAGAUUUGACUCGGCUUGACUCCGACCUACAGCUGCCGUCUCACGAUAGGACGGCGAUCAAGGACCCAGAUGGCCUGGAUCGCGUCUUGUUGGACACGUGGCGGUGUUUGGCAUCGAGUACGUGCAAUGAUCGUGAGGACGUAGAACCUGUAGUACUCCUCGAUUCUCAUGCUGAUAACGUUCGUGCCACGCUUGUUCUGCGUUGCGUUACAAAUCAAUUGGCCAGCGACGAAAACUCCAGGCCAUUUUACAUAUCAACCUUUGUCGUCGCUUGCGCGUUAAUAUGGGUUAGCUUAGCGAAAUCAGAAGAAAUCACAGAGAAAAAUUCUAGUGUCGAUGAUGAUGAUGGGCCUAAUUAUUACUACUUUGGCUUCGUAGCGGGAUUGUCGAAGCCGUCUCGAGUUUCCAUUACCAGCGACCGACUUUGGAAAUUGCUUGAUUGGGUGUUUCGCACCGGUGAAGAGGAAGGAGUUGUUGGGAGAAAAUGGGAUCGUCGCGGCUGCGAAGGCCAUUCGGAAGGAAGUUGA